AUGGGUAAAAACGAUCUGAUCGAAGAGCAAACUUUACUGUACUACCAUCAGAAGCGAUACUAUCCAGUCCGCAUCGGUGACACCUUCAAGGAUCAGUAUCGGAUCAUCGCUAAGCCUGGCUACGGCGCAUAUUCCACCGUGUGGCUCGCUUGGGAUGAAAGAAACAAACAGUAUACUUCGCUGAAAGUCUGCAUCGGCAUCGAGCAGGCCGAUAAGAAACCAUCGCCUGUGCUGAAUGAAGUCAGAAUGCUGGAACGCGUGCAGAAUGUCGCGGAGGCAGCUGACCACCCAGGCCUGUAUUUCAUCCGCCUCGCCACCAACAUCUUCGAACUGCACUCCUCUUCCGGUCGGCAUUAUUGUAUCGCGGCCAAGCCCCAGAGCCACAGCUUGCGCACGCUACAGACAACUUACCCAAACGCUAGGGUACCAAGACUCUUAGUACGGUCACUCGUGCAUCGGCUGUUUUUUUCGAUCAAUUGGCUCCAUGCCACCUGCGGCCUCAUCCACACAGAUAUCUCCCCCCUAAAUGUUCUAAUGAAGAUAGAGGACGAUGCUAGUCUCAAGGACAUUGAACAGCGUGAAGCUCGCGACCCCAGCAUCCCUAUCACCUGUGAAUUCUCAGGCGCCCCUGUCUACCGCUCCCGCGAGCCCUUGCUAGAAGUGGGUGGCGCCCCGAUACUUACGGAUUUUGGUCACCUACGUGAGUUCGACUUUGACGGCCUCGUCAACAAUGAUUGGGUCAUGCCUGAUCUAUACCGAGCCCCAGAGGUACUGCUGCAGAUUCCGUGGACUUUGCAGGUGGAUAUGUGGUCUGUGGAUGUGAUGACUCUAGAACUGCUGGAGGGCAAGAAUCUGUUCGACCCGAUAGACCGUGUCAAUCACCAAUAUGUUCUCCCAUUGGCAUUAGCGCAGUACAUAGGGUACCUUGGGCUGCCACCGCUGCACAUGCUCCAGGAGAGUCCGCUUUUCUCGACCCAUUUCGAUGAGAAAGGCAAUUGGAUGUUGGCUGAGGCCCCCAUUCCCCAAACGAGCCUGGAAGAAUUUGUCACCUGCAUUCCUCCUGGGGAGGAGAAGGACCAAUUUCUCCGGUUCAUCCGCAAGAUGCUAGCUUGGGAUCCAGAAGCAAGGGCGACCGCGAAUGAGAUGAUUGACGACGACGAAUGGCUCCAGAGGCCGUUCCACGAUAUGCUCGAAAGCACUUGCUGGUUUCACAAGCAAUUUGUGCCUCGUUUCUCCGGUGAAACCACCUCACAUGAGACUCAAGGAGGGGGCGAGGACAAGGAUUGA